GAUUUUGUAGAAUGUUGUCGUAGCUUCGCGAAUAAUCUCAGGUCUUUUUAUAAAAACCAAAACCCAGCGAUUAGCCGACUCUUGCUCUUUUCCUUAUAAAUUACAAAGACGAAUAACAAAAAGUUUGUAAUUCUUUCUUCUGUUCUAAGUUAUUUUUUAAGGUGAAAUCAUUCUUCAAUGGCGAAAGACGGACCUAAUUGGGACGGGUUACUUAAAUGGAGUCUCUCUCACGCCGACGGUACUCGACCCACUCGCCAGUUGAGUGAGGAGGAUCGAAAAUGGUUUAUGGAGGCUAUGCAGUCGCAGACUGUAGAUGUAGUCAAGCGCAUGAAGGAGAUUACACUAGUUAUGCAAACACCUGAACAAGUUUUGGUGGAUAAUGGAGUUACACCUGAAGAUAUCCAAGAUAUGCUGGAUGAGUUGCAGGAGCACGUUGAAUCGAUUGAUAUGGCUAAUGAUCUUCAUUCUAUUGGAGGCUUGGUUCCUCUUCUCGGGUACCUUAAAAACUCUCAUGCUAAUAUUCGGGCAAAAGCUGCUGAUGUCGUAAGCACAAUAGUUCAGAACAAUCCUAGAAGUCAGGAAUUGGUUAUGGAAGCCAAUGGUUUGGAGUCGUUGCUUUCAAACUUCACUUCAGACGCAGAUAUUCAUGCUCGAACCCAAGCUCUUGGCGCGAUAUCAGCUUUGAUUCGCCAUAACAAACCCGGAGUCACAGCUUUCAAGCUUGCCAAUGGCUAUGCUGGUUUAAGAGAAGCCUUGGCGUCUGAUAGUGUGAGAUUUCAAAGGAAAGCCUUAAACUUGUUGCAAUACCUACUUCAAGAGGAUGAUUCAGACCGCAGUAUUGCCACUGGACUCGGAUUUCCCCGAGUGAUGAUGCAUCUCGCAUCUAGUGAUGACUCUGAGACGAGGGAAGCAGCUCUCCGCGGACUGCUUGAGCUUGCGAGAGAGAAAAACGAUGGAAGCGGAGGUAGCAGCAUAGACAAAAGCGAUGAGAAACUGAGGCAGGUACUAGAAGAACGUAUCAAAGGAAUCAGCUUGAUGUCACAAGAGGAUCUCGAAACGGUUAAAGAAGAGAGACACUUAGUGGAUUCACUGUGGAGCAUUUGCUACAAUGAACCUUCUUCUCUGAGAGAGAAAGGGCUUCUUGUUCUUCCAGGUGAAGACGCAUUACCUCCGGAUGUCGCAAGCAAGAUCUUUGAGCCUCCUCUUAGAGCUUCUGCAGCAAAUCGUAAUGCCACUGAGAAGAAAGAUGAACCUCUUAAAUUACUUGGACCAUAGGCGACAACAACAUGAAGCUUUAAAGUUUAUACACUUUUUUUCCUUGUGUUUAUGUAACUUUCUAAAUUUUCAAAAAAUAUUUGGUUUGUACUUCUUACAGAUAUCGUUGUCAUUGCCCAAUUUCCCAGUGUUAUGUUAUUAUGGCAAUUUCUAUC